AUGCUAGCCUGCCUGACCCGGGGGAACUUACUGGACGUCCUGCAGGAGGGCUUCAACGAGCAACAGCUGCAGGCGUACGUGGCCUGGGUGAAUGCACAGCUGAAGAAGAGGCCAGCUGUGAAGCCAGUGGAGGACCUGCGACAAGAUCUCCGGGAUGGGGUGAUCCUGGCGUAUCUCAUUGAGAUUGUUGCAGGAGAAAAGCUGAGUGGGGUACAGCUGAGUCCCAGUAACCAACAAGAGAUGAAGAAUAAUGUGGAGAAAGUGUUACAGUUUGUAGCCUCCAAAAAGAUUCGUAUGCACCAGACUUCAGCUAAAGAUAUCGUGGAAGGCAACCUGAAGUCUAUCAUGAGGCUGGUCCUGGCCUUGGCAGCUCAUUUCAGACCUGGCUCCAGCAGGACAGUGAGCCAAGGGCGGGAUGCCGGAGCCCCCCUGCAGACUCACCAGCCUCACUGUGCCACUGCCGUGGCACAGGGGGCAGCCGCCGCUCUGGCCGAUGUGUGUCAUGACAUGUCGCGGUCUGGGCGGGAUGUCUUUCGAUACCGACAGAGGAACAGCAGCGUGGAUGAGGAGAUUGAGAAUCCCUACUGGAGCGUGCGAGCUCUGGUGCAGCAGUAUGAAGGACAGCAAAGGUCCCCGUCUGAGUCCAGCUGCUCCAGCCUGACUUCCCCCAGUCCUAUUCACAGUGCAAAGAGCGAAUCCGUCAUAACCCAGUCUGAGGAGAAGGCGGAUUUCGUGAUUAUUCCCUCCGAAGGAGUAGAGAACAGAACAGAGGAGACAGACUCUCCAUUACCCCGGGACUGGAGACCAGACAGUCCCCGGACCUACCUGGAGACUUCAUGGGAAGAGCAGCUGUUGGAACAACAAGAACAUUUGGAAAAAGAAAUGGAGGAAGCCAAGAAAAUGAUAUCAGGAUUACAGGCCUUACUGCUCAAUGGAUCCUUACCUGAAGAUGAACAGGAGAGGCCCUUGGCCCUCUGUGAACCAGGAGUCAAUCCCGAGGAACAGUUGAUUAUAAUCCAAAGUCGUCUGGAUCAGAGUAUAGAGGAGAAUCAAGACCUAAAGAAGGAGCUGCUGAAAUAUAAACAAGAAGCCAGAAACUUACAGGGGAUAAAGGAUGCCCUGCAGCAGAGGCUGACUCAGCAGGACGCGUCUGUCCUUCAGCUCAAACAGGAACUACUGAGGGCAAAUAUGGACAAAGAUGAGCUGCACAACCAGAACGUGGAUCUGCAGAGGAAGCUGGAGGAGAGGAAUCGGCUCUUGGGAGAAUAUAAAAAGGAGCUGGGGCAGAAAGAUCGCCUCCUGCUGCAGAACCAGGCCAAGUUGGAAGAAGCACUUCGGAAACUGUCUGAGGCCAGUUACCAGCAGGUGGACGUGGAGCGAGAGCUGGAACACACAGAUGUCCUUUGGGCUCACUGUGUGAAAAGAGAGGCCGAUGAGGUGACCAACUGCAACAAUCACAGCUCUCAAAGCAAUGGUUUUCUCCUUCCAGCGGCAGGAAAAGGAACUGCUUCAGUCGUUCACAGAGGGAGCAGCGACCUGCAGCUUGUGCGAGACGCCCUGCGCAGCCUGCGCAACAGCUUCAGCGGCCACGACCCUCAGCACCACACCAUCGACAGCUUGGAGCAGGGCAUCGCCAGCCUCAUGGAGCGCCUGCAUGCCAUGGAGACCCAGAGGAAGCAAGAAAGAAGGGUUCGGGGCAAGUCACCCAGAACUCAAGCAGGUAGUGAAUACCGGGAGUCCUGGCCCCCUAAUUCAAAGUUGCCUCACUCACAGAGUUCUCCAGCUGUCAGCAGCGCCUGCACAAAAGUGCUCUAUUUCACUGACCGGUCACUUACACCCUUCAUGGUCAAUAUACCAAAGAGGCUGGGGGAGGUGACACUGAAGGAUUUUAAAGCAGCUAUUGACCAGGAGGGAAAUCAUCGGUAUCACUUUAAAGCACUGGAUCCUGAGUUUGGCACUGUCAAGGAAGAGGUUUUCCACGAUGAUGAUGCCAUUCCUGGAUGGGAAGGGAAAAUUGUGGCCUGGGUAGAAGAAGACCAUGGAGAAAAUUAA